AUGGCUGCAUUUGUAACACCGCCUCUAGAUUUACACAACCAGUCAGCAAUGGCAAUUCCGGUUCAGUAUUGGAUACCCGAAGACCUUCAUUUUGUGCUGAGAAUGAGGCAUACCUUUGAAUCUCUUGGAUACCAAUCUGGUUUCUGUCUGUCUCAGUUGUUUUCAUUGAACAGAAAUGGUUCGUCUCUAUCGACUAUUCCUUCGAAGCAGUCCACCGUUCCAAUGCUGCCACCUCCUCCACUCUUCAAAUGGAGCCAGCAGCCACUUCCGACAGCAACUAAUCUGACGCUUGCUUCGCCUAAUUUUCAGAACCCGGUUAGACUUGGAUUUCAGCAACCCAAAGACGAAACCCACAUGUUCCUAUUGCCACAUUCGUUCGAAACCCGAAUGGAAGACAUGAUGGUUGAGCAUGAAAACGACAUCAAAUGCCCUAAUGGCUUGAGUUUCUUCAGUGCUCUCACCGGACGAACCGAAGACGCCAAGCUUUUAUUCAACUAUGAGAGCUUAGGGAACGAACCAGAAACAAACCAUCACCCGCUUAUACUCGAAGGAAAAGACUCGAAUCAACAUUCAGAUAGCUUGGAUAGUCAUCAGGAGAACUUUCCGAUACCCGCAAGAAUGGCAACGUCUUCAUCGUCGACUUCAGUCGAGCAUCAUCAGCACCAACCCGGGGAGUAUAGGAACUCCGAGCCCGGGAUGUACACGGAUGUCAUGGAAAUGUUCUUGGAAUGA